AUGGGUGAUAGAUAUUAUUAUGAAGAUGAUGAAGGUUACAAUGAAAACUCUAGAUUGGAUGCUCUAGAAAGGAAGUUUGAUAGACUUCUUGAGGUCUUGGAGAAUAGAAGAAGUCCUAGAAGGAGGAGGAGCCCUAGUGAAGAAGAUGACUCUCACUCUCCUCACCGGAGAAGGGAACACCGCCAACGACACCAUGAGGACAACCGUGACCGAGACAUCAAGUUGGAAUUUUCGGACUUUGAAGGUAAUCUUGAUCCUAAUGAAUUUCUUGAUUGGGCUAGAAGUAUGGAGAAUGUGUUUGAAUAUAAGGGUUAUAAUGAUGAAAAACGUUUCAAAUUGGUCAUCCUUAAACUAAAAAAACAUGCUUCUUUGUGGUAUGAGAACUUUAAGAAUCGUAGGAAGAAAGAUGGAAAAUCAAAAAUCACUUCUUGGGCGAAAUUAAAGAAACAUAUGAACAAGGCUUUUGUGCCUAGAGAUUAUUUGCAAGAUGCUUAUAUUAAAUUGAACCCUCUUAAGCAAGGAACUAUGUCGGUAGAGAAGUAUACUAGGGAGUUUGAAAAAUUUUCUAUCAUGAGUGGAGUUGAGGAAGCACCGGAGCAUAAGAUUGCUAGGUAUAUUGGUGGUCUUGAAAGAAAGCUUGGGCAAAAGGUUAAUGUGCAUGCCCAUGGAAGUUUUGAUCAAGUGGUGCAAGUGGCUUUAAAGUUUGAGAAGUAUGACAAGGUGAGUAGUGCUAGUGGGUAUCCUAAGCCUACGUUCAAGAAUUCUUUUGCUCUAACAGGUGAGACAAGCAAGCCCAUUGUGAAGGAUGACAAAGGCAAGGGUCCCAUGCAUUUUCCUAGCAAAGAUGAUCACAACAAGAUGGGAAAUCGAAACACUUGCUACAAGUGUAGAGGCUAUGGACAUUUUGCUAAUGAGAUUCCAAAUAGUAGAGCUAUGAUGAUUCGUGAAAUGGAUGAUGAUGAGUACGAAGAUGAGAAGAGGGAUUUCGGUGACCCUAUAUAUGAUGAGGAGGAUGAAAUUGUAGUUGACGCCGAUGAGGGUCAAAUCCUUGUUGUGAGGAGAGCACUUCAGUCCAUUUCCACCCCUUCAUCGGAAGAGCAAAGGGAAAAAAUCUUCCAAACUCGAUGCACCAUCAAGGAGCGGGUUUGCAAUCUUAUCAUCGAUAGUGGCUCUUGCACUAAUGUGGCCUCAACAACAUUGGUGAGCAAGCUCAAUCUUGAAACGACCGAUCAUCCUACUCCCUACAAGCUUCAAUGGCUUAACAAUCACAAUGAGGUGAAGGUAACGAAACAAACUCUUCUUUCUUUCUCAAUUGGCAAGUUAUAUAAGGAUGAGGUGCUUUGUGAUGUAUUGCCUAUGGAUGCUUGUCAUGUAUUGCUUGGUAGACCUUGGGGAAUUGAACAUCAAAUUGAUCUUAUUCCCGGAUCACAACUCCCUAAUAGACCGGCUUAUAGGUGCACCCUCGAUGAAGCAAGAGAGCUUCAAAGACAAGUUGGUGAGUUGAUUGAAAGAGGAUUUGUGAGGGAAUCCCUUAGCCCUUGGUCGGUUCCGGCUCUUUUGGUCCCGAAAAAGGAUGGUACAUGGAGGAUGUGUGUGGAUAGUAGGGUCAUCAACAACAUUACCAUCAAGUACCGCUUCCCUAUUCCCCGACUUGAUGAUAUGCUUGAUGAGUUACAUGGUUCCAAGGUGUUUUCGAAGAUUGACUUGAGGAUGGGGUACCAUCAAAUUCGUAUGUGUGAAGAAGAUGAGUGGAAGACCGCUUUCAAGACAAAGGAAGGCUUGUAUGAGAGGCUAAUUAUGCCAUUUGGGCUCUCUAACACUCCUAGCACUUUCAUGAGGCUCAUGAAUGAGGUACUUCGCCCUUUCAUUGGUAAAUUUGUUGUUGUUUAUUUUGAUGACAUACUUGUUUAUAGCAAAUGUGAACUUGAUCAUGUUAAACAUUUGAGGCAAGUAUUUGAAACAUUGAGAAGUAGGAGGCUUUUUGCCAAGUUGGAAAAAUGUACUUUUAUGGUGGAUAGUAUUGUCUUUCUUGGUUAUGUGAUUUCAAAUGUAGGGAUCUCAAUGGACCCUAGUAAAGUGGAGGCCAUUCAAUCUUGGCCUACUCCUACUACUCUCACUCAAGAUAGGAGUUUUCGUGGUUUAGCUUUCUUCUAUCAAAGGUUUGUGAAGAAUUUUAGCACUAUUUUGGCCCGGUGA